AUGCUGAUGGAUUUGCAUCUUGCAUUAUGCAUAUCGAUAAUUGUUUUGUAUGUCGUAAGUUUAAAAGUUAAACAAGGAUUAAGAAGUAAUAGAGAAGUACUGCUUACCAUGCACAUAGUUAUUGUAGUUCUGCUUAUCCUAAUGCAGACUUCUGUUUUGCAUUCAAAUCAUCAUGGACAUAGCCAUGAUAUCGAAGCACCGCACUUCAAAUACAGUCGUGAAGCUAAUGAGAAACAUGGCGAUCAUGGACAUUCCCAUCAUCAUGAUCAUCAUCAUGGACAUUCAGAAGACCAUUCGCAUACGUUUGAUCAACAUCAUUUUCAUGAGAAGGAACAUCAUCAUUCACAUCUCUCCGAAGAGGAUAGUCAUCAUAAUCGACAACAUAUUAAAUCAAGUCAGAAAAAUUUUAAACCAUACGAUCCAAAUGGGAUUCUAUCUUUCAUGAAUGAUUUUCAAACACGUCUUUGGGUGUAUAGUAUUGGUUCAACAUUGCUGAUCAGUUUUAUGCCAUUCGUUUUACUGUCGCUAAUACCUUUGCAGGAGAACACUGCAGAAAAUGAACCAAUGCUAAAAGUCCUUUUGAGUUUUGGCUCCGGUGGUUUACUGGGUGACGCAUUCCUUCAUCUGAUUCCACAUUCACAACCUUCUCAUCACGAUGGUCAUGAACAUUCACAUUCCCAUUCGCAUGGUGGUUCUCAUGGGCCACAUGAUAUGACUGUUGGAAGUUAUGUGCUAGCUGGAAUAUUAACAUUUUUGACAAUAGAGAAGAUUGUACGCAUUCUACGAAAUGAAAAGAUGUUACAUUGUCAUUCACAUAAUAAUGGCUUAUUAUCUUCGAAUGAUAAAAAGAUUAGAAGACGAAGUAAAGGUGCCAAAACCAAUAAGAAAAAGAAGUCGGAUGUUUCAUCAGCAGAAGAAAGUUUGCAUAGUUGUUCCGAUGAAGAGCGCAAGCAUCUGAUAGCAAAAACAAACGAUGAAACAAGAUUUAAAGUAGCAGCAUAUUUGAAUAUGGCUGCAGAUUUUUCUCAUAAUUUUACAGAUGGCUUAGCAAUUGGUGCAUCAUUUCUCGCUGGUGCUACAGUUGGUAUUGUAACGACGAUUACUGUACUCGUACACGAGAUACCGCACGAGAUUGGAGAUUUUGCUAUCCUUGUACAGUCUGGUUUCAACAAGAAAAAGGCUAUGCUUGUUCAACUUCUAACAGCUUUGGGCGCUCUUGCUGGUUGCGUCUUAUCAUUAUGUUCAGCAAAUGUUGGCGAAUUAUCCGAUGCAGCUUCCUCCAAUUGGAUAUUACCUUUCACUGCUGGCGGAUUUAUCUAUAUUGCCACUGUAACAGUUAUUCCGGAGUUGCUUGAAAAUACUUCUACUUGGCAGAGUACCAAAGAAGUAGUAGCCUUGUUAGCGGGAAUAAUGCUGAUGUUUCUCAUUGCUGCUUAUGAGUGA